AUGGACCACAACUUUGCUCCGGCUCCUCCAGAGACACAGCCACAGGGAGCCCCGGGCCCUGGAGCCUCCUUCUCCCAUGGCCACAUGCUGGGGCACCCUGCCCGCCCCUCCAGGCUCCCUGGAGGGGUAUCCCCGCUCCUUCCAGCCCCCAGGAAGACCAUCCACCUGGAUGCCUUUUCCAAAAGCCACAUCCCCCCGACUGCCAGCCGCCUGGGCCCUGCAGCCAGAGCCUGGAGUGUGCCCCUCCAGGAGACUGGAGCUGCCCCGGGGGCCGCCCUGAGCUCCCUGCCGGCCAGCAGCCUUGCACCCAGGAAGCUCAGCUCCAUCUCCCUGACAAUCUCUCAGAACAGUCAGGCGAGGUCCCUGGACCCCCUCCUUUCUCACUGGGAGGAGUUGCCCACCCUGAGCCAAGAGGCUGCCACGCAGGGAGAAAGCAGGCUGUCCACUCCAGCAGAUUCGCCACCCACGAACCCACUGCCAGGGGGCACGGUCCAUUCUGAGGGCCCCGGGAACCCGGGCCUGGCCAAGCCCAGCAGGAUGCCCACAGUGAAGAAGCCUCUGGUGUGUUCAUACCUGGCCUUACCUUUCCAAACCCAGUUAGUGCAGCGCUCACCAAGCCUCGCGGGACCAGGCUGGGAGGGUUCAGGGCGCACUGGAGCUCCCCCAGGAAGAGGUAAGUCCCGGUCCAGGGCUAUCCCCAGACCCCAGAGAGGUCUCCAAAGGGCCAGCCCUGUGAUGAAUUUCUCUUCUUUGGACACAACAAGGCCAGACCUACCCAGACAGCUGGCUGCAAUGGCCAAAAACAGACCUACCUUGAAUAUCAGUUUGGCAUCUCAAAAUUCAUCCAGGCUGGACACAGGCACAGAACUCCCUGCUGCAGAUACCAAGCUGGGCAAAACCAUGACCAUGGCUAUAGCGGGCAAAACCAAGCCAGGCCCAGCCCUGAAUGUGACCACAGUACGGACAACCAAGCCGAGCAAGAUUCUGGAUCUAAAAACCGCGACCCCAGACAAGCUGGGCAAAGCCACGGCUCCAGCAGCCCCAGCAAAGCCAGACCUGACCACAAGAGGCAUAUCCCUGGACUUGGCCGUACCAGAUCCAGUCAAACUGGGCCCAGCCACAACUGCAGUGGACGUAGUCAGGUUGGGUACACCCUUGACUUUGACCAGAACAAAUACAGCCAAGGUGGGCAUAGCUCUGAACUCUCUUGCUUUGAACAGAAGCAAGCUGAGCACAGCCACGAGCUCAGUUGUCCCAGUCACCUCAUUCCCCAUCACCCUGGAACCAGCCUCUAGGGAGACCAAACUGGACAGUGUCAAGACCCCUACCACAUCAGACCUUGCUACCUUCCCACCAAUGAAAAGAAACAGCACUGCACCAGCCCAGGGCCAUGGCACAGGGGAGCCUGCUACGCUGGACCUGGCCAGAGCACGCCAAGGGCUCCCCGAGACCAGGACGGACGCAGCCAUGUCAGAGCUGGUGCCUGAGCCCAGGCCUAAGCCGGCAGUGCCCAUGAAGCCGGUCAGCAUCAACUCCAACCUGCUGGGCUACAUCGGCAUCGACACCAUCAUUGAGCAGAUGCGCAAGAAGACCAUGAAGACCGGUUUUGACUUCAACAUCAUGGUCGUGGGCCAGAGUGGACUGGGCAAGUCGACGCUGGUCAACACGCUCUUCAAAUCCCAAGUGAGCCGCAAGGCCUCCAGCUGGAGUCGGGAGGAGAAGAUACCCAAGACGGUGGAGAUCAAAGCUAUCGGGCAUGUGAUAGAGGAAGGCGGGGUCAAAAUGAAGUUGACGGUCAUCGACACCCCGGGCUUUGGAGACCAGAUCAACAAUGAAAACUGCUGGGAGCCCAUUGAGAAGUACAUCAACGAGCAGUACGAGAAGUUCCUGAAGGAGGAGGUGAACAUCGCCAGGAAGAAACGCAUCCCCGACACCCGUGUCCACUGCUGCCUCUACUUCAUCUCCCCCACGGGACACUCCUUGCGACCUCUCGAUCUUGAGUUCAUGAAGCACCUCAGCAAAGUGGUGAACAUCAUCCCUGUCAUCGCCAAGGCCGACACCAUGACCCUGGAGGAGAAGUCCGAAUUCAAGCAAAGGGUCCGCAAGGAGCUUGAAGUAAAUGGCAUCGAAUUCUACCCUCAGAAGGAAUUUGACGAGGAUCUGGAGGACAAGACGGAGAAUGACAAAAUCCGGCAGGAGAGCAUGCCUUUCGCUGUGGUGGGGAGUGACAAGGAGUACCAAGUGAAUGGCAAGAGGGUCCUCGGCAGAAAAACGCCCUGGGGGAUCAUCGAAGUGGAAAACCUCAACCACUGUGAGUUUGCCCUGCUCCGAGACUUUGUCAUCAGGACCCAUCUCCAGGACCUCAAGGAAGUGACACACAACAUCCACUAUGAGACUUACAGGGCCAAGCGGCUCAAUGACAGCGGAGGCCUCCCUCCGGGAGAAGGCCUCCUGGGCACUGUCCUUCCACCCGUGCCAGCCACCCCCCGCCCCACUGCUGAAUGAAGGCCGUUUCAAGCGCUGCUUCUCCCUCCACCCCUCCCAGCCGCAAUUGCUGCUGGGCGGAGCCCUCCGUAGUGCUGUGCUUGUCCCGCCCACCACCAUGCCCCCUCCUCCCAGCCCUCAGCAGGUGGGAGGGGCCGGUGGCCUCUAGGUCAGUUGCAUCCUCCAUUUGGCCAAACCACUCCUCCCAGUGGAAUGGAGUUCCUGCCAGCACUGCCCCGCUCCUUCGUCCGUGUCAGCCGGCCCAGCCCACCUGGGGGCGGAGGAACCCAUCCAGAGCCGCCUCUGCCCUUGCCAACCCGCACCAGCCGCUGGUACCCGUCUCCAAGGGCAUGGCACUGCUCCCCAUCCAUUCAGCGUGGGCUGCUCUUGGCUUCCCUCGAGGGUCGAGAAAGCGACUCUUGUGCCUCUCAGAUCCAUUGAGGUGGCCGUGUGCGCCCCAGUGUGGGACAAGGGCAUCGCCUUCAUUGCUUGAAGGUGUGCACGAAGGGUGGAUCAUGACAGAUGCUGGGGAGCAGAGGCAGCCUCGCCUUUUAAAGAUCAUCACUGGUGAGGGCCCGGAGGGUGGUCACGCACCCUCCCCACUUCACGCUGCCACUUAGAGUGGUCUUCCCAGAGACGCUGCUGGAGUUGGCUUCCUUAGCCCCAAACUUUGAAAAAGAACUAGACACACCAAACUCCAGAAAUUGCAAGAUGUACACUCUAGGAAGAAUAAAAAAAUCACCCUUCUGUUCACUUAGCAAUAAGAGGGAUCUCUUCCUACUUAACCCUGACUGCUCCUACCCCCCCUUUAGUGUAAUGCAUUAGCCUGACCACAGGUGGUCGCUGUAGGCUAAUGGAAAAUACCCAAUGGAGGGCAAAGCCCCCCAUCAGAUGCAUGAAUGUUUGCGAAUGUCGGCUGCCACUGCCCCACACACGGUCUUACAGACCCCUCCCUGCCCACUCACCCCCAGUCUCCACCUGAAUACAACUUGCUCCAAGGCUGGUGACUUGUGGGCCAUUAAUCUACAACCAAUUCUUGUUGAAGCAAGAGGUCCACGCCUACGGGAUGCAAGAAUGACGCCUUUCUUAAACAUUACUGGUCCCAGCCAAGCUGAUGGUGACAUUCUGGUUAAAUUUCCCGACUGAAAACAAGCCAACAGACAGAGUGGUCGU